GAAGUCGGUACGUGGCCGCCGCCUGUCUCUGCUGAGGAGGCGCAGCAGCCGGAGAUGGCGGCAGUGCUGAGCGCGGAGCGCCUGGAGGUGUCCGUGGACGGCCUCACGCUGAGCCCGGACCCGGAGGAGCGGCCGGGCGCGGAGGGCGCCCCGCUGCUGCCGCCUCCGCUGCCGCCACCCUCGUCUCCCGGGUCCCGCCGGGCCGGAGGCGCCGCGAGCGAGCUGACGGUGUCCGGGGAGGCGGCGGGGGGCGCGGCGGACGAGGCGCGGCGGCUGGAGCAGCGCUGGGGCUUCGGCCUCGAGGAGCUGUACGGCCUGGCGCUGCGCUUCUUCAAAGAAAAAGAUGGCAAAGCCUUUCAUCCAACCUAUGAAGAAAAAUUGAAGCUUGUGGCACUGCAUAAGCAGGUUCUUAUGGGCCCAUAUAAUCCAGACACUUGUCCUGAGGUUGGAUUCUUUGAUGUGUUGGGGAACGACAGAAGGAAAGAAUGGGCAGCCCUGGGAAGCAUGUCUAAAGAGGAUGCCAUGGUGCAGUUUGUCAAGCUCUUAAAUAGAUGUUGCCAGCUCUUUUCAACAUACGUUGCAUCCCACAAAAUAGAGAAGGAAGAGCAAGAGAAAAAAAGGAAGGAGGAGGAGGAGCGAAGGCGACGUGAAGAAGAAGAAAGGGAACGUCUGCUAAAGGAGGAAGAGAAACGUAGACGAGAAGAGGAAGAAAGGCUGAGGCGGGAGGAAGAAGAGAGGAGGCGAGCAGAGGAAGAGCGGCUUCGGUUGGAGCAGCAAAAGCAGCAGAUAAUGGCAGCUUUAAACUCCCAGACUGCCGUGCAGUUCCAGCAGUAUGCAGCCCAACAGUAUCCAGGGAACUACGAGCAGCAGCAGAUUCUCAUCCGCCAGUUGCAGGAGCAGCACUAUCAGCAGUAUAUGCAGCAGUUGUAUCAAGUCCAGCUUGCACAGCAACAGGCAGCAUUACAGAAACAACAGGAUGUAGCAAUGGCUGGGGCUUGUAUGCCUACUUCAUCAAAAGUGAAUGCAACUGUCCUGAGUGACAAGAUGUCAGUUAAUGGACAGGCCAAAACCCACAGUGACCACUCUGAAAAAGAACUUGAGCCAGAAGCUGCAGAAGAAGCCCUGGAGAAUGGACCAAAAGAAUCUCUUCCAGUAAUAGCAGCUCCAUCCAUGUGGACCCGCCCCCAGAUCAAAGACUUUAAAGAGAAGAUUCGGCAGGAUGCCGAUUCUGUGAUUACAGUGGGCCGAGGAGAAGUGGUCACUGUUCGAGUCCCCACCCAUGAAGAAGGAUCUUACCUCUUUUGGGAAUUUGCUACAGACAAUUAUGACAUUGGGUUUGGGGUGUACUUUGAAUGGACAGAUUCUCCAAACACUGCUGUGAGUGUACAUGUCAGCGAGUCCAGUGAUGAUGACGAAGAAGAGGAAGAAAACAUCACUUGUGAAGAGAAAGCCAAAAAGAAUGCCAAUAAACCUCUGCUGGAUGAGAUUGUGCCUGUGUAUCGACGGGACUGUCAUGAGGAAGUGUAUGCUGGAAGCCACCAAUAUCCAGGGAGAGGAGUCUACCUCCUCAAGUUUGACAACUCCUACUCUUUGUGGAGGUCCAAAUCAGUCUACUACAGAGUCUAUUAUACUAGAUAAAGUUGUUACUACAUCUGGAAUCUAGGGUUGGGCAGAAGAUGGUGUUUAGUUUCUUUUGACUUGUGUGUGGAACAUUGGAGUCAAUGUUUACCUGAAAGAUUUUGAUCUGAAAGAUUGUGAACUCUUGUUGGGAAUUGGGAUGUCCUUGAAAACUCUUUUUAGCGUUAAUACUUUGGGGUUCAGGAGGAUUCCUCAGACUCAUCUAGCUUUGGGGUGCUGACCAGAAGCACUAGUGGAUGCUAAAGUUCCAUGAGUCCCCAAAACAAAACCUGCUGGUGUUGCCCUGCCUGGCCAAGGGGGAGGCCACUGCCUGCUCCCUGUGCUUUAUUGGAGCCUGUAGUUCCGUGACCUCUGAUUUGAAGUGCUUAUGUGAAUAGUCUGCAUCAGCGGCUGGCUUUCAUUGACGGUCACCAUUAUCACAGUUUAAAAAGUGAAGACCUCACAGAGUAUAA